AUGGUAGGUGAUAUUGAGACACUAUUGAUUGAUGGGGUUCAUAAGCCUUAUGCUCGCCGGUCUCUUGAUGGUUCGUCUAAUGAGAAGAUCGAGGAUCUUAUGGCCAUGGCCAUGAUAGCUAGAAAAGAAAAGAAAACUUUAACUAUUUACUUUCACAACUUCUCUAGAUUCGAUGGAAUCAUUUUGCUAAGGCACCUUGCAUGUAAUCACCAAAACUACAAAGUGAAGCCAUUGAUGAGGAACAAUAAUCUUUAUGAAGUAACCGUCUAUUCAGGUAAGAAGUUGUUAUUCCGGUUCCGAGAUUCCUUGAAUCUUCUCCCUGGAAAACUGAGCUCCCUAGCUGCGAAUCUCUGCCCUGAGCUAGGUGAGAAAGGCUGUAUAGAUCAUAAAUCAGUGAGUUUGACAAAUCUGCUUAGUCUGAAAGACCGUUUGUUAAGCUAUAUGAAGCAGGACAUCCAUCUGCUUGGUGGUGUAAUGCGAAAAUGUCAAGGUAUAUAUUGGGAGCAUUACAGUAUUGACAUAGUAAGCAAGUUAACACUUUCAUCCCUUUCUCUAAGCAUCUAUCGUAUGAAAUAUUACGAUGAAUGCAAUUGGCCAAUCCACAUCCCCAACCAAAAUGAAGACAACUUUAUAAGGCGUGGCUACUACGGUGGUCAUACGGACGCAUUCAAGCCCAUAGGUUCAAACCUAUUCUAUUACGACGUGAACUCUCUGUAUCCCUUCGUAAUGAAAGAAUAUCCAAUGCCCGGUGGUGUUCCAGUCUGGCAUGGUAAUCUUAAUGGGAAGGACUUAGAUAGCAUCUUCGGCUUUAUCGAGGCGUAUGUCGUCUGUCCUAAGACUAUCAAAAAGCCCUUUCUUCCCUAUCGAGACCAAAAUGACACUCUUAUCUUUCCAACUGGGGAAUUUAUUGGUGUCUACUAUAGCGAAGAGUUAAAGUAUGCAAGAGACUUAGGCUACACAGUGAUUCCAAUCUCCGGCUACCUUUUUGAGAAGAUGGAAAGCCCCUUCCGGGACUUUGUCAGCGAUCUUUUUCAGAACAGGCUUGAGGCAAAGAAGAAAGGAAAUGAUGCCUUGUCAUAUGUAUACAAGCUCAUUAUGAACACUCUCUACGGGAGAUUCGGCAUUAACCCUAAAAGCACCAUUACCGAGAUCUGCUCUGAAGAGAGAUACUUUGAUUUGAUCCGGCAUAGUGACUUAAUUUUCGGUGACAGGCUUAGCGAGACAUACUACAUCGUUUCCUACCAUAUCAAUACCGGAAAAAGCACGGAUUAUUGGGUACCACCAAAAAACGCUGCUGUACAACUAGCUGCUGCUAUCACUGCAUCCGCUAGGAUCUAUAUGUACCCCUUUAUAUCAAGAGAGGACUGCUACUACACGGACACUGACUCGGUUGUGCUUGGGCAUCAACUGCCUAGUGAUGUGAUUUCUUCUUCUGACUUAGGAAAGUUUAAGCUAGAGGAUGAAAUAAAGAUGGGAUACUUUUUAGCACCCAAAUCCUAUGGUUACUAUAACAUUGAGGGUCAAUUUAUCUUUAAGUUCAAGGGACCAGCUAAAAACCAAAUUGAACCUUCAUUCUUUGAGCAACUAUAUUUAGAUCCAACCCGGGAAAUACUCGUUCAGGCGGAAUUUCCCUUCCGGAUCAAUAAGCACACCCUUAACAUCUUCAAGAAAGACUCAUUCGUCAAAGUGGGAAUUAAGCUGGGCAACAAGAGGUGUGAAGUAUUCCAUGGAGAUGUGUGGGUGGAUACUGAGCCAAUUCAUAUCACAGACUUGUCUUGUCUAGAUCACAGUAGUAAACUAAUCAUCUCCCAACUAAAGGAAAAAUGUUUACAGCUAAACAAAGAAAUUACUAAUCUAAAUUAUAAAUUAUCCCAGAAGGAAAGAGAGAUUGAGGAGAGAAAGAAAGAUAUUCAAUCACAGUUUGAUCCGUCCCGGUAAAAAUCUGUUAUAGAAUUUCGACUGCUUUUGGUUACAUUUAGAGCAGUGCUCUUGGUCUGUCUGUCUCUGCCCCCUCUUCUUUGUUUCUGUGCUGUGCUGCGAGACUUUCUACGUCUUUUGUUCUCUUGGUUGGUAUUCUCUAUUCCUCAUCUUCUAUUUCUUUUUCUC